AUGGCGUCGAUCCUCCGGCAGAUUGUCGCGGGUCCCCGACUGAGACAUCCAGAGGCAGGCCUCGAUCUCUGCUAUGUUACGGAUAAUAUCAUCGCAACGUCGGGUCCGUCGACCAACUAUCCGCAACGCGCAUAUCGAACCCCCCUGGACGAUCUAGUCAGCUUCCUCGACGCCAAACAUGGCAAGGACUGGGCUAUCUGGGAGUUCCGCGCGGAGGGUACUGGCUACCCGGACGAGGAGGUCUACGGGCGCAUCCACCACUACCCAUGGCCCGACCAUCACCCGCCGCCGUUUGCGCUCAUCCCGCCCAUGAUGGGCAGCAUGCGCAACUGGCUCCAGGGGAUCGAACCGCAGGAUAAGCCACAAUCCCCUCCUGGGGAGAGGGUGAUGGUGGUGCACUGCAAAGCCGGCAAAGGCCGCAGCGGCACAGCCGUGUGCAGCUACCUAAUCAGCCAAGAAGGGUGGAAAAUCGAAGACGCCCUGCAGCGGUUCACCGAGCGACGGAUGCGCGCCCGAUUCGGAGCCGGCGUGAGCAUCCCCAGCCAGCUGCGCUGGGUCCGCUACGUCGAUCGGUGGACGAACCAGAUGGGUAAGAAAUACGUCGAGCGGCCCGUGGAGAUUCUAGAGCUGCAUGUCUGGGGCCUGCGGGACGGCGUCAAAGCCGCGGUGGAAGGGUUCGAAGACAAGGGCAAGAAGAUCAAAUGCUUCCAUCUAUUCCACCACAGCGAGCGCACAGACGUGGAUUCCGGGCAGUCCACACCACAGGAGAGCAGCAGCAGUGGCGAGGACAGCAAUAGCCCCAAGGAGCCCCUAUCAGCCAUCACCAACACCCAAACCCCAUCCAACUCACUCCCCCCGCGUUCCACCACCGAAGGGGAAAUCCCAACCAGCGAAUCAUCCGACGAUACGAACCCAAAACACCUCUCAGCCUACAUCUUCCGCCCCAGCGAACGCGUCAUCCUCCCCACCUCAGACGUCAACAUCGUCUUCGAGCGCCGCAGCAAAGCCUCCUACAAAGGCUGGGCAAUGGUGACGUCUGUCGCGCACGUAUGGUUCAACGCCUUCUUCGAAGGCGGCGACAAGCACGACUCGGGCGUCUUCGAAGCCGAAUGGGACGCGCUCGACGGGAUCAAGGGCACAACCAAGAAGGGCGUUCGCUCUCUCGAACGUCUUCAGGUCGUUUGGCGGUAUCCGUCUGCAUCGGAGCUCGAGGCGGGCAAAUCAAGCGCUGUGCAAGAAGCUCCAGCCCAGGGCCAGGCGAUCCCGGUUCCGCAGCCGGGUGAGCCUAUCCAGGAGGAUCAGCCUGCCGAUUGGCAUCUUCGUGAGACGCACAAAGAGAACGAACCGCGCGUUAUCCCGCACAAUCAGGAGAAUCAGCCGCCUGCGGCUCAGGACGUCAGUCAGUCUGGCGAUUCUCCGGCGCUUGGCCAGUUCAAGCGUGACGAGAGGGUGGAUGUGAAUAAUAAAGAACCUGCUCGCGAGAACGCUCCUCAGGAGGAAGUCACUCAGUCGUCUGAUCAGGGCAAGGAGAGCCAGAAAGUGGGCUCUUCUGUUGAUCAGGCUCAAGCUGGGGCUCAGCCUCAGCCAGCUGACAAGCCGGCUGGCGACAAGAACCAGCAAUAA